AUGGACAGUUUGCACAUGGACGUGUUAUAUCUCUGGAUGCUCGGCUCUUUCUGGAGAUCUGUGGAGGGCAUCCACCCAGAUUGCGCAAUCAUCUCACAGCACAUGAAGGCUCGGGAGCUGUGCCGUGAGACCAAGAAGAAAGAGAGCAAGAACCAAACGGAACCACAGGGCUGCAAGACAGAAUGGGAUGAGAUCCGCUGCUGGCUCAGAGCCGACGUCAGCCAGGUGGUUAACGUGUCCUGUUCUGAAGUGUUCCAGCACUUUUCCAGAAAGCAAGGUUACAUCUACAGGAACUGCACAGCAGAUGGCUGGAGCGACCUGUACCCACCUUACGAGAAAGCCUGCGAGAUAGGAAAUGACACAGAGCAAGAAUCUAAGACAACCUACUUCUCAACGUUUAAGCAGGUGUACACAGCAGGAUACGCCACAUCUCUGAUAUCUCUCAUAACAGCUAUCUUAGUCUUCAUUUCCUUCAGGAAAUUCCACUGCACCAGGAACUACAUACACAUCAACCUCUUUUCUUCCUUCAUCCUCCGAGCCAGCGCAGUCUUCAUCAAAGAUGCGGUUCUCUUCUCGGAUGAGUCUCUGGAUCACUGUUUCAUGUCCACAAUGGGAUGUAAAUCAGCUGUAGCCUUCUUCCAAUUCAGCAUCAUGGCAAAUUACUUCUGGUUGCUGGUGGAGGGCAUGUACCUGCAAACGCUGCUUGCGCUCACCUUCGUCUCGCAGAGGAAGUACUUCUGGUGGUACAUUCUGACUGGAUGGGGCGUUCCAUCAGUUGUCCUUAUUGUUUGGGUGUUGGCACGAAAUUUCUACAACAACAGUGGUUGUUGGGAUGAUACGGAAAAUCUUGGAAUCUGGUGGAUUAUCAAAGGUCCAAUAACAGCAUCCUUAUUCGCUAACAUUAUUAUCUUCCUAAACGUCAUCCGGAUCCUGGUUGAGAAGCUCAAGUCAACUGGUGUAGGAGGCAACGACAUCAGUCAUUUCAUGAGGUUGGCGAAAUCCACUUUGUUCUUGAUCCCUCUGUUUGGGAUGCACUACACCGUGUUCGCUUUCCUGCCAGAGAACACGGGAGAAACAGCAAGACUCUACAUUGAGCUAGGUCUAGGCUCUUUCCAGGGAUUUGUCGUUGCUCUUCUAUACUGCUUUCUGAAUGGAGAGGUACAGGCCGAGCUAAAGAGGAGCUUGUGGAAGUGGCAGACCCAGAAUCAGCUCAGUCCUGGUAAAAAGCGCCGUACUACGGUCACUCGGAUAAGUGUGCUGGAAAGGAGCGAAGUCAUGCCGUCACAUUUUAAUUCCACUAAAGUCACAUCAGAAGUGUGAAAGUUGCA